AUGAGACUACCGACCUCCCGUCUCGAUCGUCAACUUUCGCAGGCUUUAUGCGACCUUCCACGCCAACAUCAGUAUCGCUAUACCUCACUUGCGAGGGAUGAUCUAUUGGAGACCCUUUUCCGUUCUCUCACGAACGAUCGAGCAGACCAUCUCUCCGAACUCUUUCCGAACGGCUUCCCCAGCUCGUACAAAUUACAGGAUGCGCAGGGAGUACAAGAGAAUGCCGAAUACACUGCUGCUGCAAGAGGACACCCCUGCGGGCACAUCUUCAAGCCUGGGGAAGCUAGCUACCACUGCAGUACCUGUACCGAUGACACCACGGCUUGCCUCUGUUCCCGAUGCUUCGUUUCCAGUGACCAUGAAGGCCAUCAGUACACAAUAGGUCUCAGCGCAGGGAACAGUGGAUGUUGCGACUGUGGUGAUGAAGAAGCAUGGAAACGGCCGGUCAAAUGUGCAAUCCACACUGCCAGUGACGAUUGGAUGUCAACAGAUGAGCAUGUUUCCCCCUUGCCGGUGGAUUUGCAAGAGUCCAUUCGCAUCACAAUUAGCAAGGUUUUGGACUACUUCUGCGACAUCAUAUCAUGCUCUCCAGAGAAUCUCCGGAUGCCGAAAACCGUAGAUUCGGUGACCCAAGACGAGAUCAGAAGUCGGCUCCUCGCUGAGCACUAUGUUUCCGGUGAUGAGAUCGAAACAAACCCUGAGUACUGUUUGAUCAUCUGGAAUGACGAGAAACACACAGUUCGUGAGGUGCAAUCCCAAGUUUCGCGGGCGUGCCGUGCUCGUGAGUCCUUCGGCUUGGCCCGAACAGAGGAGGCGAAUGACAUCGGCCGAAGUAUCAUCCGGCAUUCGCGUGAUUUAAAAGAGCUGACAAGAAUGGCCAAAAUCAUCGAGGAGAUCAAGGUGACCGUCACAAUCAGAUCGUCCAGGGAUACCUUCCGAGAGCAAAUGUGCGGUACCGUCAUUGAGUGGCUUGCUGAUAUCGCUGCUUGUACCAUUGCAGGAGAUAGCCAUAUCUUGAGACGGACAAUCUGUGAAGAAAUGCUCCAAGUCUGGCAUAUCGGCAGCGAGGCCUGGAAUGCCAAGGUGGGAAGGGAUGACCUUGACGACCAUGGUGAUGAGGAUGAUCGCGAGUACCGAAGAAGAGCAAGGCUGAGAUACAUGAACCCUAUUCACUUCGCCAUGCAAAGAGCUGCAGCCGUGGAUAUGGAGGAAGACGCGAUUACCGAUGACGACAAUGGACCGGCGGAAGCCGAUGACAUUGACGAGGACGACAAUGAACUUGGCGACGAGGACGUGGACCGUGAAAUGAACGACUUUAUUUUCAGGGCGGCGGUGUUCGACGACGGAGACCCUGAACAUGCCUUGACGGAGCAUUCGGUAGAUCCAGGUGUGACCGAUGACGCCGAGGAAAUGGACACCGAUGGCGACGCGGAUUUCUUAGAUGUUACGGAAAGAAUGGAGACGGAUGGAACGCCACCUCCACCGCCACCGCUUCCUCCGACUCAAGAUACGGUAGAUCCUGGAACCGACGUUCAACUGGGAGGAGAAGAUUCUCCGACCGGCCCUGACAGCAACGCCAAUUAUCUCAACGUCCCCAGAACCCCAGUUACCUCUGUUCGGACAACGCACCUUCAAUCGACUCCGCCAAAUUACUGGAAGGCGCCGUCCAACCAGCCUCCGCAGAAUUCCAAUCUGCCCGUGUUUGAGGACUUGACCAAAAACAUUCGCGUGGAUUCGAUGAUACUUUUCGAUCUUCGAUUGUGGAAACUCGCCAGGACAAAUAUUCGAGACCUCUUUAUUAGCACCUUGGUCCACAUCCCACAAUUCAAGCGUAUUCUUGGCCUACGUUUCUCUGGCUUGUACACCACCCUUGCCCAGCUUUAUCUAGUGGCAGACAGAGAGCCGGACCACUCGAUAAUCAAUUUAUCAUUACAACUACUUACCACCCCGUCUAUCACAGAAGAAGUUAUCGAGCGGGGAAAUUUUCUCACCAACUUGAUGGCCAUCCUAUACACUUUCCUGACCACCAGGCAAGUUGGGUUUCCCAAAGACCUGGAUCCUGGUGCCACUCUUGGUUUCGAUGCUGGCUCAGUUGCCAAUCGCCGGCUAUACCACUUCUUCUCCGAUUUGAGAUAUUUCCUGGCGUCACCUUUCGUACAAGCGAAAACGCGCAGCGAGCCACAAUACCUGUUUCAAUUUCUUGACCUCGCCAAGCUUUCUCAAGGCAUAUGCCCCAAUAUAAGAGCGGUGGGUGAGCAUGUUGAAUAUGAAACGGAUGCCUGGAUCAGUGCAUCGCUUUUGACUCGGGACAUCAACAAAUUGUGCCGACAAUUUGCAGAAGCUUACUAUGUGCCAAAAGACGGCAGUCCCACUGCCUUUCGAGCGACCUGUGAGGCCAUAUCCCAUGCCACGGGCAUUGCAAUAAUAAAUUCUGUUGGGCUUGAGCGACGGCGAUUCGACCAGGCCGAGAUCAAAGAUCCUGUACGCUUUCACCUUGUGGGGCCUUUCGGAGACGAUCCUUCCGGAUCCGGCUAUAACGUGGUUGAUUUUGUGGUGGAGAGAGGAUCACUGAGCUUCCAUCAUCCGCUUCACUACACGCUGUCGUGGUUGCUCGAAUGCGGAAAGGAUACGAAACUCUCUAUAGAUAUGCUUCGAGAUGCCGCGCAGACAUUCGUUUCACACCUGCACGACACCCCUCUUAGUCCCCGGGAUAAUAGCAUAAAGCAUACACUCACAUCAGCCGAAAGCGCUUUAUUGGCCAUGUUCGACUUUCCACUUCGCGUCUGCGCUUGGUUGGCUCAAAUGAGGGCCAAUCUAUGGGUUCGAAACGGGAUGAGCUUGCGCCAUCAAAUGGUCCAGUACAAGAGUGUUGCUCACCGAGAUGUUGGACACCACCGAGAUCUCUUCCUGUUACAAGCGGCCCUUGUAUCUUGCGAUCCAAGUCGAGUGCUCGCUUCGAUGAUUGACCGGUUUGGGUUGGAAGCCUGGAUCCGAAAUGGUUUCGAAACACUCGAGAUUUGUGAAGAUAGUCAGAUGUUGGACCUGGCAGAGGACUUCAUGUAUCUUCUGAUCAAUUUACUUUCCGAUCGAGAUGCGUUGGUUUCGGACCGAGACAACCCUGAGUCACAACUUCUGGCGGUUCGCAAAGAUAUUGCACAUACCCUGUGUUUCAGGCCUCUGUCGUAUUCCGAUCUGUGUGCUCGCCUAACGGAGCGUGCACAGGACCAUGAGCAAUUGCAGGAUGUUCUUGACCAGAUGACCAAAUAUCGCCCACCGGAGGGAUUGCACGACUCGGGCCUAUUUGAGCUGAAAGAAGAAUAUCUGCAGGAACUCGACCCGUAUAACUCGCACUUCACCAAAAACCAGAGAGACGAAGCUGAAAAUAUCUACAAGAAAUGGAUGGCCCAAAAACUGAACAAAUCACCCGAAGACAUUGUGUUGGAGCCAAAGCUGCAUCCGAUCCACUGCGAGGCCUAUGGCAAUCUCUGUGCUGUGGUACAUACCACGCUAUUCAGCGAUGUCGUCCACAAAUCUCUGCUCUACAUCGCUCAUGAUCACAAACUCAAGACUGGAGUAUCCACCACCCGCGUGGAAGCUUUUCUUCAGAUCGUGCUUCAACUGGCGCUCAUUGCUACUUUGGAAGACAAGCCCACCGAGCACGGAGAUCAUGGCUCUUCCUUUGUGCGCAAUGCCAUCACUUUGCACUUACGUUGUCACGAUGGCUCAGAAUCGACCAUCAUUGCAGUGUUGCACAGGAUAUGGCUGAUGGACGAAUUCAGUUCCUGCAGAAGUAAAAUCCGACACAUUCUCCGGCUUUUCAAUCAAAAGUGGCCCCAUCAAUUCAACACCGCCACUCAACAUCUUGAGUUUCCCUCGGGCAGAUUUGACACUGCAUCUCCUGCUAACAUUGAAAGCGAGAUCGAAGCCAAAAAGAAACAAGCAAUGGAACGAAAAGCACGAGUUAUGGCACAGUUUCAACAGCAACAGCAGAGCUUCAUGGACAGGCAAGGCGUAAUCGAUUGGGGGGAUGAGGACCUGGAUUCACCAGAAGAAGAGCUUCCAAAGUCGACAGAGACGCGCCAUUGGAAAUAUCCCUCUGGCCUGUGCAUACAAUGUCGAGAAGAUACAUCGGAUUCGAGAUUAUAUGGCACGUUUGCCAUGGUCAGUGAUGCACACGUCCUCCGACAAACCGACAUCAAUGACGAGGAUUUUGUCGGAGAACUUUUUGCAGUUCCAGAAAGUCUAGACCGUUCGAUAGAGAGCAUUCGUCCAUUUGGAGUAUCUGGAUCCAACCACGAGGUAGUGAAACGCCUGACGUCCGAGGGGAAUGAACUGAGCGUCGAUUAUCAGGGCUUGGGAAAAGGUUGGCCCAAAGAUUGCACCAUGAGGGGCCCCGUCUCGACCAGCUGUGGCCACAUUAUGCACUUCACUUGCUUCGAAAACUAUUAUCAGUCGAUCACCAGAAGGCACUCCCAACAAGUCGCCAGAAAUCAUCCCGAAAGGAUUGCGUUAAAAGAAUUUGUGUGUCCCCUGUGCAAGGCACUGGCCAAUACAUUCUUGCCCAUCAUCUGGAAGCACUCGCAGCAAUCGUAUCCCGGAUCUUUGCACGUGUCACAGGAUUUUGACACUUUCCUGGACAAGGAUCUUUCGACCCUGGCCGGUGCUCCUCCAACGGAUGAUAGUACCUUCAAUCAAGUGGCUUUACGGUUAUACUCCCAAAUAUUGGCUACUUUUUCCAAUAGCUCUCUUACACCAGCGAUUGCCCGGUGGCAAGCCGGAGACCUCACAAUCAGCCCUACAAGCCAGGCUUGGGCGGAGAGACCAGAGUUGGCCGCGUUCGCCGAGCUGGCCAGUAUCUAUGGCCGGCUUCGAGAGUCACUUACGAUUGUUUCACGCACCAAUGGAGCUGUGAUCCCUCGGCAGGACUGGCACUUGAACCACUUUCAGCUGCUUGUGAGUACGCUGGCAAAUACCAUCGCGUCCGUCGAGAUUGGCCACCGAGGCCGAGAAGCCGAGUUUGGCACUUCUCUUCUGACCAGUGUGCCCCAGCAAACGCUUAGCCACCUGCAGACUCUGUCAUCGACCUUACGAGCGUAUGCUGCGACAAGCGCACUAACCGUUCGAGGGUCUGUGGAGAGCCAGUACAAAGAGCUUUGCGAACAGCUCGAGCGCCAGCUGGCUGGCGUGUCAACAGGACGCGAGCCUCCUGGGAACAGCUUCGAACCAGUGGUGCCUCUCCUUUGCAUGGACGCUUUCCAAUUCUUUGUCCAGGCAUCUAUGGUCUUAUGCCCCAUCCGAAAUUUUGAACGUCGCCAUGUUUUACAGCUGUCUCUCACGGUGGAGCUUUUGCGAGUGGUGCUCGCGUUCCGGCUGAAUUCCAAAGCAUUUCUUCGAGCUUGUGAGAAACUGAAGCAAAAUGGUAUUCGACAUGCAGCGCCGUUGAAUGCAGACGCGGAGGAGCUACGCAGUGUGGAAAGUCUUGUUGCAUGGAUCGACGUGCAACUUCAGCAAAGCAAGGUGGACGACGGAGUGGGAGGGGAGCAACUCAACAGGACAAUGCGAGGUCUUUCGGCGGAUGAAGCAAUGGCACUGUUCAAAGUUUGCAGAACGUAUGCUCUUGCGUUCCUCCGAAAAUCAGCCAUCUUCUUCCAUGUUGCGCAUGGUAUUGAUUUUCCAAAUACGGCGGGCACUGAAGCCGGCCUAGCAGAGCUCGAACGCCUGUUGCAUUUGUUUCAAUUGCCCAAAAUUAGCGACAUUCUCAUGUCGUUUGAUGAGUUUUCGGGUCGCCGGACUCUGAGAGCUGGGGCGGCUCUCUGGCUCUCGGAUUGUAUCAAGUACGACCUGACCAAGACUCAACCAGAACCAAAGAGCAAUUCGCCGCGCAUGCCACUGGGGAUAAAAGUUCUCCACCCAACUCCGCUGGAGCUGAUUGGGCUGCCCAAAUACUUUGAUGUUUUGAUGGAAGAAUCCCAUCGAUGGAAAUGUCCCACAACUGGGAAAGAAGUGUAUGACCCGGCUCUCUGCCUCUUUUGUGGCGAGAUCUUUUGUUCACAGACGGUGUGCUGCCUGACCAAAGAAAUGCGAGGAGGCUGUAAUGCUCACGUCGAGAAAUGUUCGAGUCCGAUCGGAAUGUUCCUCUUUAUUCGCAAGUGUCACGUUGCGCUGCUGCACGUCGUCAAGGAUCCAAGAAUGCUUGACCACGACCUGGAAAGGGUUGGUCGUGGAAUUCACCCGCUCCCUCCGGGCUCUCUUACUCUGAGUCAUGGUUCUUUCUUCCCAGCUCCUUACCUGACCAAACACGGGGAAACGGAUUCUGGUUUACGGUCGAAACACCAGUUGAUUCUCAAUCAAAAGAGAUAUGAUAAGCUCCUGAGAGACACCUGGCUAAUGACGAAUGGCAGCAUCUGGAGCACCAUAGCCAGAAAACUUGAAGGCGAAAACAACGCAGGCGGAUGGGAGACUCUGUAA